GAUUUGCAGGCGCCUGUGGCUUUAAGAGGCUCAGCAUCGCCUUCCCCUAGUCGAACCUCCUGCUCCCAGCCAUGUCGGCCAGCCCAGCCUACAGCGAGGAGAAAGGGGGCUCCUCCAGCCUGGGGGAGCCGGAGUAUGGCCACGAUCCGGCCAGCGGCGGCAUCUUCUCCUCGGAUUACAAACGACACGAUGACCUGAAGGAGAUGCUGGACAGUAACAAGGACUCACUGAAGCUGGAGGCCAUGAAGAGGAUCGUGGCUAUGAUCGCCAGGGGGAAGAAUGCGUCCGACCUCUUCCCAGCUGUCGUCAAAAACGUGGCUUGCAAGAAUAUUGAGGUGAAGAAGCUGGUGUAUGUCUACCUGGUCCGCUACGCGGAAGAACAGCAGGAUCUGGCUCUGCUCUCCAUCUCCACCUUCCAGCGUGGACUAAAGGAUCCCAACCAGCUGAUCCGGGCCAGUGCCCUGCGGGUUCUCUCCAGCAUCCGGGUGCCCAUCAUAGUGCCCAUCAUGAUGCUGGCCAUCAAGGAGGCGGCGUCAGACAUGUCUCCGUACGUGCGCAAGACGGCUGCUCAUGCCAUCCCCAAGCUGUACAGCUUGGAUUCUGAUCAGAAGGACCAGCUGAUCGAAGUGAUUGAGAAGUUGCUGGCGGAUAAGACCACGCUGGUGGCAGGCAGCGUGGUGAUGGCCUUUGAGGAGGUUUGCCCCGAGCGCAUUGACCUGAUCCACAAGAACUACCGGAAACUGUGCAACCUGCUGAUCGACGUGGAGGAGUGGGGCCAGGUGGUGAUCAUCAAUAUGCUGACCCGCUACGCGCGCACCCAGUUCCUCAGCCCCAACCAGAACGAGUCUCUGCUGGAGGAGAACCCAGAGAAGGCCUUCUACGGCUCUGAUGAGGAGGACUCCAAGGAUGACAAGCCGGACGCAGCCUCUCUGGUGAAGCGCAAGCCCUAUGUGAUGGACCCUGACCACCGGCUGCUGCUGCGCAACACGAAGCCCCUGCUGCAGAGCCGCAAUGCCGCGGUGGUGAUGGCCGUAGCUCAGCUGUACUUCCACCUGGCACCCAAGGCCGAGGUUGGGGUCAUUGCCAAGGCACUGGUGCGUCUUCUGAGGAGCCACAGUGAGGUGCAGUGGGUGGUGCUGCAGAACGUGGCCACGAUGUCCAUUAAGCGACGGGGGAUGUUCGAGCCAUAUCUGAAGAGCUUCUACAUCAGAUCCACAGACCCCACCCAGAUUAAGAUCCUCAAGCUGGAAGUUCUCACCAACCUCGCUAAUGAAACCAACAUCUCCACCAUCCUGCGGGAGUUCCAGACCUACAUCCGGAGCAUGGACAAGGACUUUGUAGCUGCCACCAUCCAGGCCAUCGGGCGCUGCGCCACGAACAUUGGGAAGGUCCGAGACACCUGCCUGAAUGGCCUUGUGCAGCUUCUCUCCAACAGGGAUGAGCUAGUGGUGGCUGAGUCCGUGGUCGUCAUUAAGAAGCUGCUGCAGAUGCAGCCCUCUCAGCACAGCGAGAUCAUCAAGCACAUGGCCAAGCUCACCGACAACAUCCAGGUGCCCAUGGCCCGGGCCAGCAUCCUCUGGCUGAUUGGCGAGUACUGCGAGCACGUGCCCAAGAUCGCACCCGAUGUGCUGCGGAAGAUGGCCAAGUCCUUCACUGGUGAGGAGGACAUCGUCAAGCUGCAGGUUAUCAACCUGGCAGCCAAGCUCUACCUGACCAACUCCAAGCAGAGCAAGCUGCUGACCCAGUACGUGCUGAACCUGGCCAAGUACGACCAGAACUACGACAUCCGGGACCGGGCCCGCUUUAUCCGCCAGCUCAUCGUGCCCACCGAGAAGAGCGGGGCCCUUAACAAGUACGCCAAGAAGCUCUUCCUGGCGCAGAAGCCCGCCCCCAUCCUGGAGUCUUCCUUCAAAGAUCGGGACCAUUUCCAGCUCGGCUCGCUCUCACACCUCCUGAACGCCAAGGCGGUGGGCUACCAGGAGCUCCCCGACUGGCCGGAUGAGGCCCCCGACCCAUCCGUGCGCAAUGUGGAGGAAGAAACCGCCUUCCUCACUGAAAGCCACAUCGGGUUGCUGGGAGAGCUCAGAGAGGUUCCAGAAUGGACCAAGUGCACCAGCCGGGAGAAGAGGAAAGAGAAGGUGGAGAAGCCAUUCUACUCGGAUUCAGAGGGAGAGUCCGGGCCCACGGAAUCAGCAGACAGCGACCCAGAAUCUGUCAGUGAGUCAGAGAGCGAGAGCGGCAGCAGCAGCAGCGAGAGUGGCUCUGACUCGGGAAGCCGGGGCGAGGAGAGUGGAGACCAGUCAGAGGAGGAGGAGAAGAAGAAGAAAAAGAAGAAGAAGGGAAAGGAAGGGCCCCGGAAAGCCUGCCCAGAAAGUGCUGGGAGCGACCCCAGCGAGGAGGAGGAGGAGCAGGGGAAGAAGGGGAAGAAGAAGAAGCCGCAGGAUGAAGGGAAAGGGGGUUCCGAGUCCUCGUGGGAGGAGGGCAGCGUCUCAGAGAGCAGCUCGUCCGAGUCGGACUCAGGCUCCGAGGCAGAGGAAUCCCAGUCGGAGCCGGAGAGCAAGAGGAGAACCACGCCUCCCAGCAGCAAACCCGCCCCAAAGGCCUCCAGGAAAGGGACCAAGGAGAUCUCCUUGCUGGACCUGGAUGACUUCACCCCCGCUCCACCCCAGCCAGCCUCCUCCCCCGCUAUUGUCUCCACCAGCCUGGUGACCGACCUGGAGGGACUCACACUGACCAACGCUUCGCUGGCUCCUACCAUGCUCAGUCCCGUGUUCAGCACGGUGAAGACCUACGAGCUGCUGCACCGCAUGGCGGGCGAGGGGCUCUCGGUGGAGUACUACUUCAACCGGCAGCCCUUCCCCCCUGACCCCCACAUGGUGGCUGUGCAGAUCCAGUUUUCCAACAAUAUGGAGUCGGAGGUGAAGAACCUGCGGGUCAGCGAGCCCAAGCUGGUGUCCGGGAUGCGAAUCCAGGAGUUCCAGGAGAUUGAAUCCUUAGCACCUGGCGACACCGCCAGCGUAAUUAUGGGCAUCGACUUCUGUGACUCCACCCAGGCGGCCAACUUCCAGCUGUGCACCCACUCGCGUCAGUUCUACGUCUCCAUCCAGCCGCCGGUGGGAGAGCUCAUGGCCCCAGUGUUCAUGAGUGAGAACGAGUUCAAGAAGGAGCAAGGCAAGCUGACAGGAAUGAGUGAGAUCACAGAGAAGCUGACACUGCCGGACAAAUGCCAGAGCGACCACACAAUCGUCCAGCGAGUGACGGCGGCCGCCAACGUCAGCCGUGUGCCCUGCGGCGCGGACAAUGAGUACAGGUUCGCUGCCAAGACAGUGACCAGCGGGAGCCUCGUCCUCAUCACCUUGGAGUGGAAGGAAGGAGCCAGGGCCCACCUAACUGUCAACAGUGAGAAGAUGGUGAUUGGCACCAUGCUGGUGCAGGACGUUAGCCAGGCCUUGGCACAGUGACCAGGAGGCUGCUGCUCCUCCCCAUCCCCCCCACAGCCUGUGAACAACACCCUGCCCAUCCCCCCACUGAGAUUUCCCCCCUCCCCACCUUCUGUUGUCCACAUCUCAGCCCCCUCUCCAUUGGCUGGCAGUAGUGAUAGACAGACCUGAUCACACCCCUUUCUGCAGCCUGGGAACCAGGACAGGGUGCUCCCUGCUGUCCGUAGCCCCCUUCUCCCCCCCACCCCCCCCCCAGGCACACAGCCACUGCCCUGGAGGAUUUUGUCCCCCUCCUCUCCCCCCCCCAAGACCUGGCUGUGUCCCUGAGGAGCAGGGGGUGAGGGAGGGGAGCAGAUGAAGGCUGCUGAGUUUGGGGGUGGGUACCAGGGCAGCAGCCAAUGGAGGGUGAGCUCUGAUGGCGCCCUGGCAGUGUGGCCUUGGGCUCCGUGCCGUGAAGUCGCUCCGUGCCAGUCUCGCUGUAGCUCUAUUUAUUAUGACCAGGAACAUCAAUACAAUCCCUUGGAAACUGUCCCGCUGCCCAGCUUUGCCUUGUGUGUGGAAUUACUCCUCCAGCCCCCCGUGGGUCUGCCCAGGUGCCCGUCCCACUCAGGCCCGGCAGCCUCUCCGGUCCCAGCUGGGGCUGGCAGCCGGCCCUGCAAUGCAGGCCCCAGUCUAAGCCUUGCUAUGGGAGCGGGUGGGGGCCUUAGGGUCCCGAUCUGUGAGAGCCAGCGUCUGAGGCCUGGCUGGCAAGCACCCUGGAGGAGAAACGCCAUGGAAAUACCAUGCUGCUUGGAGUGAGCCUAGCACAGGAGGGGAGGGAAGGUCCAGAGAGCCCCUCUGCCACCUCCCUGGGUUCGCAGAGGGUAGAAAAGGGGCAGCCAGCCCUAGAUCAAUGCUCCCCACAGGUGAUGCUGCUUUGGGGCGGUAUUAGCCCCUCUGCCAGGCAAGCCUCCCUAUGCAUAGGGAAGGGUUCUCUGCACUUUCUGCUCUGAAGAGCCUUGCCCCUCCGCCAGUGCAGCCGUCAGGCCUGCAGAGGGGACCCUGGGAGGGAGGGGCAGGAAUGCAGUGGGGAAGUGAG